CCCGGUAGAAUAUAAUCAAAAGUUGGGCAACUUUUGUUUAAGUUUUAAAGUGUGAGAUUUUGCAUAGAAAAAUCAAUUUGAAUGUAUAAUGAAAUAAUCACCUUAUUUUUAUAAGGUAUAUUGCUGACGUUAUUUUGUGAACAUAAGCAGAGAUCAUAUGCGCUGUAAUUUUGCUCAGAGCGUACAAGGAAAUAUGCGCUCGCGCAUUCAGCUCUUCAAAUUUAGGCUAUGUCCCGUUCCUUUUUUUUGAACGUAUGUGGUAUACAUACAAUCCGUGUAUGCUGUUAUAGAAUGGAAUUACGACCCCAUUUUGUUACUGUACGUUUCUUUAGCUACUGAAUAGGCUACAAUGAAUUGCGCGUGCGUUUCCUGCAGACUAGACUUGCCUGGAAGAAAAGGUAGAAUGGCUCAGAAUGCAAUGCAUUACUCUGAAGGAGGAUGGCCGAGCCUCGGUUUAAUAACCCCUAUUUCUGGCCACCACCUCCAUCCAUGCCUGGCCAGCUGGAUAACCUGGUGCUGAUUAACAAGAUCAAAGAGCAGCUGAUGGCGGAGAAGAUUCGGCCCCCGCACCUGCCCCCCACCACGGUGCACUCCCAGCAGCCCCUGCUGAUGAGCCCGUCGCCCUCGGAGAGUGGGCAGCAGGUGAUGUCCAUCCCCAAACUGCAGCAGGUGUCUGGACUCCAUUCACACAGCCCGUCCCAGCCCGACAUCGCCCUGCACGCCCGGCCCGCGUCCAGCAUGGUGGCAGGCCACAUUCUUGGUGACGUCAACAUGAAUCUGGAUGACAAGUCGGCGGUAAAGGCUAAGGGGUUGUGGGAGGACUGGCGUCUGCGUCAAAUAAUCGACCACCCUUCUAGAUCAAACCACCUUUCCGGUCUGGCCCUGUCGUCCCGCUCGAUGAACCCCGGCGCCUCGGACGCCAUCACCCCCACCACGCCCACCUCCGGCAGCCAAAACCGGCUGGGUGGCGCCCCAUCUCCAAACAUCGUCUCAGGAUUGGCCAGUGCCCCCAGUAUGGAGCAAAUUAGGAGCGGGGGUCUGUCGGGGCUUUUGGGGCCACCUCCAAAGAUGGAACGGGGGCGUAAGAAAAUCAAGGCGGAGAACACGUCUGGCCCCCUGCUGGUGGUUCCCUACCCUAUCCUGGCCUCUGGCCAUGACCAGUCCGGAAUCACCAUCACAGCCAAAGAGGGAAAAACCUACAGGUGUAAGGUGUGCCCGCUGACCUUCUUCACCAAGUCAGAGAUGCAGAUUCACUCCAAGUCUCACACAGAGGCCAAACCGCACAAGUGCCCCCACUGCUCCAAGUCCUUCGCCAACGCCUCUUAUCUAGCUCAGCACCUGCGCAUACACCUGGGGGUCAAACCCUACCACUGCUCCUACUGCGAGAAGUCCUUCCGCCAGCUGUCUCACCUGCAGCAGCACACCAGAAUUCACACUGGUGACCGGCCAUAUAAAUGUGCUCACCCUGGAUGUGAAAAAGCCUUCACACAGCUCUCCAACCUUCAGUCUCACCAGAGGCAGCACAACAAGGACAAGCCGUAUAAGUGUUCGAAUUGCUUCCGCGCGUACUCGGACGCCGCCUCGCUGCAAAUACACCUCUCUGCGCACGCCAUCAAGAACGCUAAAGCCUACUGCUGCAGCAUGUGCGGCAGGGCGUACACCUCCGAGACAUACCUUAUGAAGCACAUGUCCAAACACACGGUGGUGGAGCACCUCGUGAGUCAUCGUUCCCCACAGAGAACGGAGUCCCCCACAAUCCCCAUAAGGAUCUCCCUCAUUUAAAAAUGCACCCUCCCCUAUUGCCAUAACACCAUUAGCUCUCUUUUCCAUUUCAGAAGCCCAAAUACCAAUUGCUGUUUGUUUGUUUGUUUGGUUGGUUUAGUCCCUUGUGCAGGUUUUUAAAAAUGUGCCAGAUUAUAUUUGUACUUUAUCAAAAAGAUUUUUUUUUGUCCCAUUUUAGUUUUCGUGAAUGAGAGGUUUGGAUGGGACAGCCAAAGAUUAUUUUAUAGCACUUUCAGGCCUUGUAGUAUUGGCCCAAAAAGGUUUUUGGUCUUUUUUUAAGACUGAAAAUAUAAAGGCAUUGCUUAAGGCAGCUAAGAAUUUUGACCAUAGGUAUUGCAUUUGAGGACUCUUGUGUCCCUCCUUCCUUCAGUUAUUCAAUUGUUUAAUUGUUUACAUAAGAAUACUUUGUUAUGCUGAGAAUCAAAAUCUUUCAUGGUCAAAAUCUUUAAUCACCCCUUAAGAUAUAUUGCCAGUUUGUAAAGUUAUUUCACAGCCCAGUACUUAUAAGACGAGUCUACAUCACAAUGUAAUUACAUAUAUAUAUUAUAUAUAAUAUUAUUAGCUAAUAUUUUUCCUGACAUGCUGUUUCUGUGAAGACAAUGUAGAGAAGCAUUUCUUCAGUAAAUGUCCUAUAAUAGUUUUUGAGAAAAAUGACAUAUAGCUAUGGAGGUUUUUCUAGACAGCAGACAUACCUUUAGCAUCUGUGGAUGUUAAUACCUUGUCUCUAUGAGAGAGCCUGUCGGCAUUUUUUUCCCCAAGAUGUCAGUCACUUCAUCAAAUCAUCUUUCAUUAUUUUCUUGUAUUAUUGGCCUCUGAAAAAUAAUGUAGUUGUUUUCAGACAAAAGGUAGCAUCCAGUUGUGUGCAGGAUUUAACUUCAUUUAACUUCAAUUCAUAAUUACUCUGGAGCCAUUCCAGUAGGUGACAAUGGUCCUGUCAAGUAUAUUAGCGUGACAAUACUAAUUGUGACAUUUACAAGAUAAGCUGCAAGAAAACAGGUGCAACAUGAAAGAUAUCGGUCAGUAUUUACAUUCCAGGUGGUUACCGUUAUUUACUCUUGGAAUUUUACCGUAAGUACUAUUCUUUGUGUAGCUUUGAUUUUCCCCACUGUGUGGUGUGUUUCUUGCCUGUCUCGAUCUCAAACCCUUUCCUUUUCUCUUCCUGUGACCGCUGAACCAUUAGUGUUUUAUCCUGUUCAGCAGUAAGAAUAUGUUGAAAGACAUUUAAAAUGCGUUAACAUUGGAGAACAUGAAUUGCUCCAAAGAGGCACAUAAAUCAAAUGUAGUUCAGAAGUAAUUGAAAAAUAAUUACAUUUAUUAUACAUCUUUGUAGCUUUAAUGUCAUAUAACAUUACCCUCCAUUUAGGUGUUACAUUACAUGGUGUUGGUUUGUGUUCUUUUCAUCAAAGUAUUCUUUUCAUCGUACAGAAUGUGUGGAAUUACAACAUUUAUUUUUAAAUCAUUUUAAAAGAAAACUGAAUUAUCACUUGAAAUGAUUAUUUGAAAAGCAAGUCAUUUUGAAACGUAACGCUAAUGUGUUUCCCUGGCAUUCACUGCUGCAACUUCACGAAAGCCUAUUUUCACAAAAUUUGCUAAACUUUCCUAUGCUUAUAAGAUGCAAUGUGUACAACAAAUUUUGUGAAACCUGGAAACAAAAAUUGUCAAGUCUAACAAUAUUAACAUUGCUGUGAAUGAUGAAAAUUUGAUAAGUAAUGUGCUGUUUAUUGUCUCCAGGUUUCAGUGUUACAUGCAUGCAUUGUAUGGCAGAAGAAAUAUAUAGGGUCAACUAUAGGGACAGAACCUCGGCAUGUUUACAUGUCAAAAUAGCUUUUCUAAUUAAAAAUAAAAUAAGCUGUCUGGCUAUUUUCUGGACUCAAAAUCCUAAUGCCAACUACAACAUAUCCUGCCUCGUCACCUUUGCCGUCUCCCUUUAUGGAGUAAAUGGUGAACUGUACAUCUAUGUUACAAAUGUACUUUAUGCCCUUCUUAUAUUUUAAGGAAUUUUAACAGAGAAUUCUUGUUUUGGAUUUCUCAUUAAAUUCUAUAUAGAUGCAUUGUUUAUGUAUUAAAACAAAACCUUGACUAUUGAAAUCCUUUACUCUGUCUAAAUAUUAAUAUUUGAUUUGUUAUUUUUAUACACAUUUAAGCCUUAAUUAUUGUUGUUGUAUGGCCACGUUUUAUUUUCAUUUUCAUACUGGUGUUCUGUAUCAAGUACUGUAUGCAUUUUCAUUUCUUAGCAUGGAAUAUCCUGUACAUAGCCAAUAUAUUACUUAACUGUUAACUCAUUUUCUAUAUUAAAUAAUUAUAUAGGUCUAGCUAUUAAAAUUAAUUUUCCUUUGUCUUGUAUUGUGGUAUCACAUAAAGAUUCACUCGGCUGCAAACGCAGCCUAAUCUUAAGAGAAGGCUGCGUUUGUGUAAACCAAGCGAAAAAUAAAAUGAUAAAAAGCUUUGUAUCUUUUUUCUUGUUUAAUAAAUUCAAACUGAUAUAA